UGAAGAUGUGUCUAUCUGAUUGAUAUACAAGGGGAAGGGAUGACUCAGUAAGCUGUCGAAUGGCACCGAGUGAGCCGCCGGAUGCGAGUCACUUUCGGUUUAGCUUUCGGCGCGCCAGCAUCGCUCCAUCGCCAUGGUUGUUGUAAUGCAUGUGACCCCGCCAAGGGUCAAAGGCUGGACCCCGCUCCUGCUGCUCAUCUGCCUCACCGUAACGCUGGGCACCACGGUUCCGGUGGGCUACUUCUUCGGCGUGCUCAACGCCCCAGCAGAGAUUAUCAAGAAGUGGUGCCAGGACAUCCUGGCGAGCGAAUACGACACCAUCGUCACUGCCGGCCAACUGGACAUCCUCUGGACGAGCAUUGUGUCCAUCUACCUGAUUGGCGGCAUCUGCGGAUCCUGCUUCAGCGCGCUGCUUAGCGACAAAUAUGGCCGUAAGGGUUGUCUGCUGAUCAGCGGCGUGCUGCUCGUGAUCUCUGGCAUCCUCUUCAAGUGGUGCCGUGCAGCCAAAUCCCUGGAGAUGCUGAUGACGGGUCGCUUUCUGGGCGGAAUUGCCUCCGCACUGAUCUUUACCGCCCAACCCAUGUACCUGCUGGAGCUGGCUCCUUCGGAGCUCAGUGGCAGCGUAGGAGUGUUCACGUGCAUCGGUGUCACGGGUGGCAUCCUGCUCGCCCAGGUGUUCACUCUGACCCACCUGCUGGGCAACGAGCGACUGUGGCCCUAUGCCCUCAGUGCCUAUAGCCUGUUGGUGAUGGCCUUGUUGCUGCUCCUGUGGUGGUUUCCCGAGAGUCCUCGGUGGCUCUUCCUGCACAAACGGGAUUCAGCAGCCAGCGAACGGGCUUUGCUUCGUGUGCGUGGCAAGAACACAGAGGAGGAAGUGCAGCAGGAGCUGCUCGAGAUGAGGGACACUCUGGAGGCCAAGGCCAGCUCCGAGGCCAGCUCUUUGUGCUCGGUGCUGGGAGACAGGGAACUGUGGCUGCCACUCCUGUUGGUCUGCUCCUUUCAGGCAACCCAGCAACUGAGUGGCGUCAAUGCUAUAUUUUUCUACUCGCUGUCCAUUCUGACAGGUGCGGGCUUCUCGGCAGGCGCUGCCACUUGGCUGAACCUGGGGAUCGGAGGCUUCAAUCUGGGCACCUCGCUCCUGGGACCGCUGCUGAUUCGCAGGUUUCCACGUCGCCCUCUGAUGAUGAUCUCCUGCUCCACAUGUGCUCUGGCCCUGCUGGCCAUGUCCUUAGGACUCUUUUUUCUGGAGAGAUCCGAGAGCACGGUGCUCACUUACUUCUGUGCCGCCUUCAUUCUCACUUUUAUUCUGGGAUUCCAGCUGGGACUGGGUCCCAUUGCCUACUUCAUUGGCUCAGAGCUACUAGAGGACUCGCCUCGCCCCGUGGCCAUGUCGAUGGGCAGUCUCUUCUCGUGGAUUGGCAACUUCCUCGUGGGCAUAUGCUUCCCCCUGCUCCAGAGUGUCUGGAGCUCGUUCGCCUUCAUCCCGUGCAUGUGCGUGUGCCUCUACUGCCUGCUCCUCACCUGGCGAUUCCUGCCGGAGACACGUGGUAACGAACCCAAGGAUGUCAAGCCCCUGAUGAGCCAAGGUCUUCGCUCCAAGCGGAAGUGAGUCAUGCAUAAAGAAUAACACAAGCUGGUCUUUUGUAUAAAUAAA